CGAUGCAUGCAAUAUGUAAUAGACUCGUCAAUACAACGUCAUGCUCGAUCGGAGUCGUUUACUUUGAUAUUCUUAGUAACCGAGGUUAAUAUCGAGUGUUGAAAAUGAUCCGCCAAUAGUGAAGUGCGUGACAAAGUUCGUUGUAAAAAAUGUUUGUUCAAAGUUUAGAAAAAUGUUUGAAGGAAGGACAUUAGAAUAUGGAGGUUGAUGAGAGAUCGCAGGGCGCAUCAUGGCGAUGGUCGGUUCUCUUCUCUGUCAUUGUUCUAAACGUAUGUCUGCCCAGUCUCAUCCUGUCGUAUGGGGUGAUCUGGGUCUACAUUUCCAACUUUGAGGUCCCCCUAUGGCUUGGACUCGCAGCACCAUCAAUAUUCGUCCUCACAUUCGGCUUUACACAAUGUUGGUUCAGAGAAGCGGCAGACUCGUGGGGUGGUUCGAAUGGGUACAGAGUUAUGGCUACUAUUGGCCUAGGGUUCGUUGUUACGGGUCUAUUGAUUUGCGCGUUUGUAUCAGUGCAGUACCAGCUGCUCGCUUACGGUGUUUUAGGAGGCCUGGGUUCAUCGCUAAUAUCUGCACAAGUGGAUGCAGUUAUGUUCGAAACUUACGACACACGUCUUGAACUUGUUCGAGGUAUGUGCUACACGGGACAGGCAAUCGGGCAAUCUCUCUUCCCACAUAUUUUGUUUUUCCUCAUAGAAUAUUACGGCUAUGCCUUCUCUUACAUAAUACUCGGUGGCAUAAUGCUACAGACAUUGCCGGUCAUAUUGCUCCUAAAAGUGGAUGAUCCUAGAAGAUCGGCAUACUUUACUAGAUACAAGGAAUUGUCACAAACGUUUUUGGUGUACAGAAACGAAAUAGAUCAAGUCUAUGGCACUGAAGUACAAUUGCAUAAUUUAAGUAAGAAAUGUUGGAAAAGUCCCUCAGAUGAUAACUUACAUCGACUCGGUGAUAGUGAUUAUGAUAAUAGUAAAAUAGACGAAACUAUAACACCACCUCCUAGCCCCGAGGAAAAGAGAAGAAAUAUUUUUGGAGUUGAAAUUUUACCAGAAAUACCCGAAGAAACUGAAGACAGUGACACUGAUGAGGAAAGUGACGGUGAAACAAAUUUAAAUAAGAGUAAGAAACGCUUUAGUUUGGCUAUAAAAAGAUUAAGUACAAUAGGAGACAAUUUCGAUGAGUGUAUAGUAAAUCAGGUCAGAAGGGAUUCACAAUCAAAUGGGGAUAUAGUUGAAAAUAAGGAAUAUUCUGAAUUAGAAGUGAGGUACGAUACAAUAGCACCAAACACUGAUAUUCAAACUGAAAAACUAUUAAACACAUUCAAUUUUCGAUGUCAAUCUGCCUAUGUGAAUAUUAAGAGGAAAAUAACGAUACCUUCGUAUAGAGUUUACAGGAUAAGAAGAAGAAUGUUGUACCUGAUGUAUAAUAUUAAUGAUACAUUUUUGAAACCACUAAGAAGGUCGCUAUCAUGUGGAAGAUUCUAUCCGGCCGUACUAUUAAGUUUUACAAAAUUAACAUUGAUGACAGUGGGUAUAAUUCUUUUGCCAAUGAUUGGUCUACAGAUUCGCCCGAAAAUAGCUAUGUAUGAGACCAACUUUUUGAUGUCUUUGCACGGGUUCACAUGGAUAUGUUUCUUGUUGUGUACGCCAUGGCUGGCACAUACGCCAAAGAGAAAUUUCAAGUACGUCGUUGCAUUUGGGCUCGUUAUCUCAACGUGUGCAUGUUUUGUAUUGGCUGAAGCUAAUAACCACGAUUCGUUUGCAAUCGGGUGCGUUAUAGCAGGCUUUGGAUACGGAGCGAUCACGUCGUGCUGGGAAUCGACAGUCCAAGAGUUCGUCGGUGCUCGCAAAUGGCCAAAACUUCACAGCACUAUAGAAACUGUUUCAGCAACGCUUUUGGUCGUUCUUGUUGUAGGCCUAUCAUUCGUGGUAGGAAAAGAUAAUGGAUUACAGUUCGCAAUGUUCAUAUUGGGCUUAAUAACGGCAGUGGUGUCAUUUAUUUGGAUUAUAAUAACAGGAGUUUCAAUUUACAAAACCAAAGUGCGGACUUUAAGCUUCAAACGAAAAUGGACGUUUUGAUAAUGCAUUUUUCAUAUGAUAUUAUACUAUUCUCUCUCUCUUUCUCUCUCUGUUGACUGAAUUUAAUUUUGAAACAGAUGUUAAUUGAUCAAUUACAUAUUGAUCAGGUUGAUAAUAGAUGUACCUUUUAUACGUUUGAGCACGUCCUAUAAAUAAAAUCAAAGACAUUGAAGUGGUUGUGAUAUUUAAAUAGGAAAAAUAAAUGCUUGGUUAAAUAUAUCUGUUCAUAGUGUUUAACUACUUAUAAGUAAAAUAUAUUUAUAUGAUAA